CGUUCAAUAAUAUUGUGCAAUCAAUCAUCUAUAUUGCGCAAUAUUAUUGACCGUGUGUAGCAGGCCUUAUGCCUAUUUUCUCCAACGUUAACGGACCAAUAGUAUCCCUAUAGUUCUCAAACUGUCAAGUGAGGUUAGUAACAAAACAAACAAUGUAUCACCACUGGUUUUUCCCUCCAAUAGAAGCGUACCGUUGAAGUUUGAAUUUCGCUCCGACGGACAGCAAACGACCGGUAAAACCUUGAGAAGGCUCAUUCCAGAUUUCAGUCGAGAAAAACAAUUAUACAAAUACGCCGAUAUAAAGGAAGACAAGUACGUUUGAUUUGAUUUUCAAUCGUGCUUGCGUUUUCCAGUAAGUGGUGUUAUCAAUAGUGUGUAAAUUCAUCUCACAAGUUUGUUUACAUGUUGUUUUUAUGCUUCGGUUACAGUACUUAAAUGUCAGAGGUUCAACUCUGAAAAAAAUCGCGACACAAUUGCUCGUUUUCGCUGAAAUAAAAAAUUGAAAUGAAAUCGUGGAGGACGCAAAGUCAAAAUACAACGUAGAUAAUUGAUAAUAAAAUCACAGCUGAUUUUCAAUUAAGACACAAUUUUUAAAAACAGAUAAAAAAGUGUAAUAAAAUUUUUUAAAAAUACCAAAAUAGAGAGUAAAAGAAAAAAUAAAGAAAAAUGAGCAAAGAGAUGGGUAAUAAAUCGUUCGAUGAGAAGCACAAUUCGACCGGACCUUCAGGCAUGCUGGGUUUGUCAAAUCUUGGGCCAAAACUGCAGCCGAUAAGAAUAAAAGCAUUUUUAGAAAUGUAUACAAGUGACGAAGAAGACAGUGAGGAUAGAGGCAAAGAAUCAAUAGAAUCGGAAGAUGAAGACAUACAACCAUUGCCUGACGAUGAUAAGGAUAAACUUAAAGAACACUUAACUAGUGUAAUGGAAGAAACUGAACCGACGCUAUCAACAUUGAGUUGUCAAUCACGGUCUUUGAACCAUAACGCAUCUUCAAUAAAUAAUCAAACUUCUGCAAUAACUGCUGCUGUGAUAAACGAAGAGCUUGAUGGAACCUCUCUUAGGAAUUCUGAAGAGAAUUUUUCUCAAAGCAAACAUCCCCAAGAGAGAAGAGAUUCAGUUAAAAUUCAUUUGGAAUCUAUGUCAAAGAUUCCUUACCUCGAACGUGAUUCAUCUAAAAGUCUGUAUAACCAAAAUCGCCGUUCCAAUGUACAAUUUGAGGUUCCCCUAUCAACAGAAAACAUUCCUGUGCAUGUCAAAAUUGAAUCUGGAAUUUUUCUUGAUAACAAGGAUUCGUCCACAGCCGUGAAAACAGAGACUCUCCAAACUAUGACAGAAAACUCUUCUGCGAUACACAAAGAAAAGUUAAACUGUCCCAUUUCUAGGAAUUUUCGAGAUGAUUUUUCUCUCAAUGAACAUGACCAUGGGAGAAAUGGAGCAGUCGCGAAUUAUUCAGAUUCAGGAUCACAGCAAGAUCCCGGACUAGAGCGGGUCAAGAUAGAAAUGGUUAUUUCAGAAAGUCAGUGCUCCGACACAAACUCGGAAGGGAGCCAAACGUCAGUCGCAAGUUGUUCAUUUUCAUCUAAAGGUGAAACAAUACUUCAAAACCAGGAGAGUGUACCAGCAGAAAAGAAAUGUGAUUCCAUGUAUUAUGGAAUAGAAAAACACUAUUCAACAUCAGAGACAUGUUUGAACUCUUCUGGAACUCAUUCCAUUGGACAUAAAAAUAAUUUGCAUCUGGUGAACGAUACGCCAAUGAAAAAUAAUCCACCGGCUGGGUCAAUGCGACCGACGCCUUCGAUUUCACACAGAAGUAUGUUUCAAACUCCAAUAAAUGCAAAACUAAAGCAGGAUUAUAUGAAAAAUCAUGUUCAAACUCCAGCAACUAUUUUUGGCAACUGGUCGCGAAAUCACAUGGUUCAAACACCUUUACCGAAUUAUGAGGGCCGCGGCGAUACGGUCCCAAGGUCUCACGCACUUUCAACAGUAUCACAAGAAUUGACUCAUGAUUCUCCAUUCGUGAGGAAAGUACAGGAAAAAAAAGCACGACGACCCCUAGCAGAGACCAUGCUAUCUUCCGGAGCAAAUCCACGUUUCCAGAAUUAUAAAUCGUCCAUUCAGCAUACCCGGGAGAUUUUGCAAUCUUCAAAGAGUCUCGAACAUCAAAAUCAUCCAGUUUCGGAGCAUGGCAGAGAGACUUGUUCCAACGAAUCAGCAACUGUUGAAACUAAAGAGAACAAAUUUUCAAAAAGAAUUGAAAAAUCUUCACACGUCGAAGAGUCCUCCUCUCGAGCCCCUGAAUCGAUGAACGAAGUAAUCGUCACAAACACGAACAGUAGUCGCAAUAAUGAAAACCUUGUUAAUUCGAAGAUAAGCAAAGUUCCAACUUAUGAACAACAUCCUUCGAGUUUUCGCGUUGUAAGCUCUAUCCCUCCAGUUUCAACGGGUUAUGAUGAGAAAAAUAUUCCCGAGAGACUAAACAAUGUACAAGUCUCCGUACCUUCGCGAAUACGACGACCGAAUCAACGCCAAAUCAUCACUGUCAAAGACAAAGAUUAUUUGAUCCUCGGUAGCCUCGGAGAAGGUAUGAGCGGCCAGGUUCUUCGAGUCCAGGAACUUGAGAAUCGUAGUUUACGCGCAAUCAAAAUCGUCGAUCUCAGUCGUUUGGACAAAGAUUGUGCUCAAGGUUGCUUACAAGAAAUCUCGAUGCUUAAAAAACUCCAAGCACCCUCUGUCGUCAAGAUGUUCGAUCACGAAAUCAAAUAUCCUAUGGUACAUGUAGUAAUGGAAAUGGGUGACACAGAUUUGAAGAGUUUUUUAAACGAAAUAUCGGCUCAGAAACGACCUCCGCUUACGAUGGUUCUUUAUUACUGGACCGAAAUGUUAACAGCGGUCAAACACAUUCAUGAUAACGGUGUCAUUCACUCGGACUUGAAACCAGCUAACUUCCUUUUGGUCCGUGGAAGGUUGAAACUCAUAGAUUUUGGAAUUGCUUCAAGUAUGAACGCGGAAAUGACAUCUGUUGUUAAGAACAAUCCUAUUGGUACUCUCAAUUACAUAAGUCCGGAGGCAUUGAUGGAUAUCGGUGGAAACAACGAAGAUUCACCGACUCGAAACGUUAAAUAUAAAAUAAGUUUCAAAUCGGACGUGUGGUCGCUCGGUUGUAUUCUCUACAGUUUAGUUUACGGCUAUACCCCUUUUCACAACAUUCGAGCACAGUGGGCAAAAAUCAGCGCGAUAACAAAUCCGAAUCCAAAAAUAUCGUUUGCACCUCCGUCGGGACAGGAUAUUGAACCGAUACCACCGAUUUUGAUCGAGGUGAUGCGAAAAUGUCUUCGGCACGAUCCCAAAGCAAGACCAACUGUGGCCGAAUUGUUGCAGAUCCCUUAUAUCCCAAUAAAACCAAUUGCGCCCAAACCGGCACGUGCAAUUCCGCCCAACAUAAUUACGAAGAUGAAACAUUCGUUGACCGACUCCGAAUGGCGACAAUUCACGGAGGUAAAAAAUUUCACUAGCAAUUCAAUGUCCGUCGCUCGAAACCACGAAGAUUCAUUAUUUUUCUUUGCCUAUUUCUCAAUUUUUUUUGCCACAAAUAACGGGAAUGAAAUUUCAUUCUCAAAAAAAGUGCACUUUAGAAAUAUCUUCGAUGUAUUUCAACGACGCUAAUUAAUGGGAUGACUUUCAGAUUCUCGAGGACCGAGGCAACCAGUGAUAAAGUUUCACCAUUCCAAAUGUACAUAAUCUAAUCAAUCGAAUGAAAUAAGAAGUAAAUUAAAAAUUUUGAAAA